CACACACACACACAUACACACACAGUCAGUCGCAGUCGAUGUUUCAGGUAAUCUGCCCCCCGCAGCAACCCCUCUACAACCAGAAUCCUGAGCCAUGUUUAAAUAAUCCAGAUUGGAGCUGCAGGUUCUUGUACCAGCAGAACCAGUUCAGCACCGGAGUGACGCACCAUGGAGGGGGGCUGGACGACACACACAUACACUUCAGCGGCGGUGUGUACGGACAGACACACAUACCUGGUGCUCUGCAGGACACCUGGGGGCCGACUCCGCCCCAGGUGCAGAGCUCUCUGCUGGGGGGAUGGAGCCCGGCAGAAGACUUCUUUUACCAGGAGAACUACCCCCCCCAGCCCUUCUGCAGCCCCACCACCCCCGGCCCGAGUCCUCAUUACCCACAAACCCCGGCGAUCUCCAGCCCCGGGGCUCAAAUUCAACAAACAGGGAAUCUGGACUUUCACGUCCCAACAUCCAGAGAGAGCUGUGACGGCUCGCUGAUGACCCCUGACCCCGGGCAGCAGCACCCGUAUCAGACAAGCCCCCCCCUUCUGCAGAACCAGAGUGAGCUGAUCCAGAUCCAGGCGGGCCUCCUCCCCCCCCGCUUCGUUCCACAGGCAGGAGGCUGGGACCUCAGCGGUGCUGGCCAGCUGCCAGGCCUCGCCGCUGGGCUGAGCUGGAGAGAGGAGGGGGGGGGCGGAAUACUAAAAAUGAAACGAGCAGAACCUGAAAACUCUGAGGUCCGAAAGUCCAGGCUGCUUUGUACGGUGUGUAAACGUGAUUUCCGGAGUCUGCCGGCGUUGAACGGACACAUGCGAUCCCACAGCGGAUCCAGAUCAGCUACAUGGUUGAAAAAGGGUGAGGACUCCGGGGUCCAACCAUCCGUCUCCAUGGUGAUGCCUGUCUGCGUGCCCGUCCAAUCAAAAGGCCCGUCCAAGGCGGGACAGAAAAGCCGCCCGUCUGCAGCCACCAGGGGCGCUGAGCCACUCUACCGCAGCCUGUUGCACCAAGAAGAAGAUGAGGGUGACGGUGCACGUUACACCCCCCCGCCCAUGCUGUGCCCCCUCAGGGCGGGGUCAGGGCUGUACCGCUCCCUCGCCACCAGGAGGCAGCAGAGAGCGUCGACUGUGCGGCUCCACAACGCACACAAUGAAUUUAACGACCUAGUUGCCAUGGUGACAGCCCCCCCGCCUCCCGGGACACUAAUCAAUAAGCCGCGGAUCAAUGAGGGGCGGGGCUUCCAGGCAGAAAUCCCACAGCUGCGGGUCCGAAAAUAUGCCGACUCCGACUCCCACAAUGCACUGCUGCUGUGGACGCCGUGGGACGAGUUGGAGUGUCCUAUCAAUCAACAGAGAGUUGCAGCUCUGCUGUCGAUGGUCCGCUCCAGCGUGGUGCCGGGGGGCGGGGUCAGCCCAGAGUCUGCCCUCCACGUCCUAUCAGAGUGCAGGGGAGACUUCCUGCUGACGAUAGAGAAACUGUUAACGCCGGGAACCACAAACAUCAACAACAUCAACCACACCGCUCAACAGCAUCCAAGUGUCAGGUGGAGCACAGCAGAGAGGAGGUUGCUGGUUAAAUCGCUGCAGCUUCAUCACAAAGAUUUCAGCAGAAUCCAGAAAACUGUUCACACCAAGUCUCUCUCUGAGUGUGUGGAGUUUUACUAUCUGUGGAAGAAGAAGAGUCUGAGGACCCCGGCCGGGCCGACCGGUCGAAGGUCGUCAAGAUCCCAUGAUGCAACAUGAACCAGUGGAGAGACACACAUUGAUUUAUAAUGUUCAUUAUUAUUAUUAUUAUUAUUAUUAUUAUUAUUAUUAUUAUUAUUAUUAAGGCUUAAAGUGUUUACGUUAAAGUUGAUGCCAUUAAUAAAAGAAUAAAUCUGUAAAAGAAUAAGAAAAUAAAUGUGGAAAUAUAAAGAGAAAUGAAAUAUUAAAGAAUUAUAGAUAAGCAUUUAUUUAUAUAUAUUUUUUAAUAUAUUUAUUUUUGUAAUUUAGUCAUAUGAAAACAAUAAAUACAUUUAUACUUUGUUAGUGUAUAAAUAUAUAUAUACAGAAACAAAGGAACAGAUAAAUGUAAAUCAUGAAUUGAACAUUGUUAUUGUCUUUAUAUUUACACAUGUAUUGGAUUUGAUUGUUAUCUUUUUAAUUGCUUUCUGAUGUCAGUCUUCUAUUAAUAAAACCUUUCUGUCUC